AUGGACGCCAAUGCGCCCAGCCCUAUAGAACGUCACACUCAUGAUCCAAAAUCUCAGAGUCUAACUGGCGAAGAGGCCAAGCGAGCCGCGAUAUUGAUACAGAAAACAUUCAGAGGUCACCGUGCGCGACGAGAAUUGAAUGGCUUCGGACUUGAUGCGUCGACGAGGUGGUAUGAGGCUGUGAAAGAUGCAAAGUACCGAGACGUUACGACGCCGCACCCUCCACGAAGUCCCGAUGCAUCUGCGGAUGAUGGGGAGGAGAAUUCCCUUGAACCAAAAACUCCCAUAUCCCCUGCAAGAGAGCGGUGGAAAAUGGUCACAGAGAUUGCACGAAGAGCUGGCGCAGACGAUACCUCCCUUUCCCUGUCAGAUUUCUCCUCCUCAGAAGAUGAAUCCGGCGAUUCUGCCUCGAAGACAAACCCAUCAAAAGAGGAGCGAGAGGCUGCGGCCAAGAAGCGAGGCGAAGCCACAGCGUUGAGAAAAAAGACGGCCAAGAUGAUGGAUUUGCAGUACUUUCUCGAGAUGGUAGACCACAAACACCGCUACGGUAGUAACUUGCGCAAGUACCACAACUACUGGAAGUCCCAGGAUACCAGACAGAACUUCUUUUACUGGUUGGAUGAAGGCGAUGGCAAAGACGUUGAAGUUCCCGAAUGCAGUAGAGCGCGCCUCAAUAAGGAGCAAGUGCGGUAUCUGUCAAGGGAGGAACGGCUCCAAUAUCUUGUCCGGAUCAAUAAAGAAGGACUAUUCGUAUGGGCAAAGAAUGGGGAGCGAGUAUGGACGAAAGACGAACUAUACAAGGAUAGUGUGCAAGGUAUUGUACCUGUAACGGACCCGACCCCAAGAUUCGAAUACAACGUACCACCUCCUGAUGGUCGGGGACGGUAUUCAGAAUCCGACUCCGACUCCAGCUCGGCAUCUGGAGACGAAGACAACGAUGAAAAAAUCGACAACACUGCUGGGGAUGAGGGCGAGCGCUAUGUGAACGAAGAUUUUCACCGAGCGAGAGGGAUCUCGAAGGUUAAGCACGUCAGUCCUGCGGUGCUCUUCAAUCACAUGAUCAGAACAUCUCUGAAGAAGGGAUAUAAGUGGAUCUUUGUUGCAGACACGUCUAUGAAUAUCUAUAUUGGAUACAAGCAGUCAGGAGCCUUCCAGCAUUCGUCCUUCUUGCAUGGGGCACGAAUUUUAGCUGCCGGGCUUAUCAAAGUCAAAGACGGUCAGUUGCGCAGGUUAUCACCGUUGAGUGGUCAUUAUCGACCACGAGCUGCCAACUUCCGCACCUUUGUUCAUAGCCUUCAGGAUGCAGGUGCAGAUAUGUCUCAUGUCUCAAUAUCGAGGAGCUAUGCCGUCUUGGUGGGCUUGGAAAGCUAUGUUCGUACUCGACGACGGGUGAAGACGGCCGAGAACUUGGUGGUUAGAGAGAAGGAUAAGGUUUUUCAUCCAGAGAAGAUCAAAGAGGAAGAGGAGGCCAAUCGCGACAAAUCUCAAAGUGCAGAGAAAGAGCGACUUUGGCUGGCGCAACAACGUGAGGCUGCAGAACGAGAAGCUCGUGAGCAAGAAGCCUCCCAGCGUCAAAGUGGUAAACUAUCGCGUUUUCUCCUCAAGUUUAAGACCCGUAAGGACACGUCGAUGCCUGCUCUUGGAGAUCACAGCAUCAAAGGGGAUUUGGAAAGAGAGAAGAAUAGAACUUCGGGGCCAGAGGAUGGAAUACCCGCACCUGAAGGCGAACGAUGA